AUGGCAUGCUCCCGUUGCCGCCAGUGCAUCGACAGCCUGAGACCAGACCUCACACCUUCGACGGAGCUCAGUGACAGAGGCUCUGGUUGUCAGGCAGAUCUCUGCCCUUUCCGGAUUCAGGUCGAUGGCUUCUCCGGAAGUGGUCCUGUCAUGUUCAACUUGACCAUUCGCAACGGCGAUGCCGUGUGGCAAGUCAGGCGAAGGUUUCGACAGGUCAGGUCACUGCACCAAUCUUUGAGUCAGACUUAUCUUGCUCGUGGGCUGCCGCCACCACCACCCCGGGCUACUGUGCGGUCUGUUGUAUUCGGACAGAAUGACCGUGCUUUUCUUCAAGAGCGUUCUCGGAGGAUUCAACAGUACCUGCGCGAGCUGACCACCGUGAUCCCAUACGUUGAACAAUGUGAAGCCCUGUAUCAGUUUCUGUGCUACCUCUACCUUCCCAGAUGGCGAGGGGACCGGGUCUUGGUCGGGGGCGGAGCACCGCCCGUGGAUCCCAACGUGGUGACGAAGCUUCCUAGAGCACUCCCUUUGGAGCCUGGCGAGGGUCAGGAAGUCACAGAGAAGGCCGUCGUGUGCGUGGUUUGCCAGGAGGUUAUGGACGCCAAGGAGGACAUUAGAGUGCUGCCAUGCAAGCACGAGUUCCACUACAAGUGCAUCUCAAAUUGGCUGACAAAGCGGAAUACUUGUUGCAUUUGCAAUGGCCCCGCCGUGUUGUCUGCACCCCAUUUCACAUAG